AUGAUUACUCCCAAAGUAAAUAGCCUGGGGGAGACGAUCCUCAUCAAUGAAGACCUGCACCUUCCCGGCUAUGUCUUUGUACCCCUUGAAAAUAAAUUUAUGCUUCGUCAAUGCCGCAGAUUGAUACGUGCAUCCAACGACAGUAGGACUGUAUUCGCUCAGCAUGCAUCCCCACGACAGCCUAACGAUCUCGGCCCUGAGCUAGGCAUCUAUGCCCCCUGUGAAAUUGUAGCGCAAGUUUCUGCAGAGUUCGCGAAACUCACUGCCCUACUUGAUAGCACGAUAUGGAAGAAGUGGGAGCAUGAGUAUCCCCAAAUGCCAGCGGCGGAUAAGUCGCUGUUGCAACGACUUGUUUCGGAGAAGAAUGCAGACGCCGUCGCGAAGUGUUCGACCCAUGUGGCUCAGUCUACGCUUUGGGGGUAUGUCAGCCGUACAUACACGUCGGAUGAGCAUCUUGUUCUCUCAACCGCGAGGAAUCCUAAAGCAGCUCUUCGGAUGCGUGAGAAGAUUGAUGGCGUGUUGCAGUCGUGGCGUGGAUGA